CAUGGUCAUUCCAAGAAGUUUACACUUGGUUGACAACCGGAGUUUCCUUAUUAGUUUUAACUGAGGACGUAUCGGCGUUCAACUGCAUAUAAAUAGAACAUCGCCAUGAAUUCAUUACCAGAAAGGUUUAACAUGUAUGCUUUGUAUGGAAUAUGCAUAUUGUAUAUGACUUUCUGGAUGAUGGAUGCAUGCAUAUCGAUGAAAAAAUAUGGAAUCGAAAGGAAAUUUUCUUUGAAAAAUCCUAAUUCAGCGAGCACAAAUUUCUCGAUCACGCGUGUUAGCAUGCUUACAGGUGCACACUCAAGCAUGAUGCCGUCUGAGUCGAGAAAAGUCUGCAAAAUCAAACCUAUUUAUAAUUGUAUGGAUUCAUCAAUGGAAGAGAAAGUGCUUGCUACGAUCAGAAGGGACACCCCUACUUGCUUGUUUUGUGAUAUAGGACCAGAAGACUAUUGGAAUUUUCACGACUUACGGAAUUUUUUGCAGAAUCAGCCCGGGAAUGAAAGUUACGCCAUAACGAUUCGGUGUCACAAAGGAGGGAAUAUCACGCUUCAGUGGCCAAUGCGUGCAAAAGGACUGACUUAUAUUUCCGUUAGGAACUGCCUUCUUGUGAACUACACUGAGGAUUAUUUAGAUGAAUCCAUUAACCAUUUCCAAGAUACUUUAGUAUAUUACAGUAUGAUCAAUUGUGUGAUAUAUAUAGACGUCAUCCAUUUCAUGAAUGUCACUAACAACGUGAAGCAAAUGACUAAGGCGGCGAAAUGUGGACCUGAAAAAUACCUCAUCGCCGCUAUAAAUAGAAACAUGUCUUAUCAAUUUAAGACUAUCUCCGAAGAUUUAAUGGAUGAGGUCAGUUCCAAUUUAUCAAGCCAUACAGCUCGGAAUUAUCAGAGAGGAGUAUCGGUGUCACCAAUCACAUGUAACUACACAAAACUGUUGUCAAUUGACCAAAGUAAAGCUAAACAUCUUGGGUCCAAGCAUGAUAGCGUUUUACUUCAAAAUUCGGACUAUCCCGUUCUACGUCUGUUAAAUCUGUCCGGGACAAUGCUGACAGAUCUUCCGGAACAUUUGGACGAUUGGAGAUUGUAUAUUCCUCGACUCAAAUGCUUAGAUUUAACGUAUAAUUUGAUAAAAGAAUUCAAAACAGUAAAGGAUUAUGGGAUUGGCAGUGAGGAUUCAAGUGUGGGACUCCUUGAUUUAAGACAUAAUGCUAUAACAAGUGUCACUCUUAAUGAACUUACCAUAUUGCAGGAUCACCAGUUUGUAAAAGUUGAUAUAAGAAAGAACCCGUUUAUUUGUGAUUGUGGUAUGGCAGAUUUUGUUAAAUAUUUCCGGCAAUCAACACCUGUCACAAAAUUUGGAGUUGCAGGUCAGUAUAAAUAUUUGCUAUCUUUGAAGUGUGAGAGACCACAGUCACUCAAAGGCAGGGUAAUUGUGGAUUUAGAUCUGGAGGAACUUGGAUGUAGUACCGCCAAAACAACAGAUGAGGGAUUAUAUUUGAUUGUCCUACUAGGCGUUAUAACUGGUAUUCUCGUGAUUUACAUAUUGUUAACGAUGCCGGAACAACUUGACAUGAUCCUUGUAUUAUUUAAGAGAUUGAAACAGCUAUGUUAUAGGCCGAGACGUCAGGAUGAACAGGAAAGGGAGUCUAACAUGAUUGCUUUAGAAACUUCAUUAACUUAGAAAUAGGGACUUUAAAUCAAAUCAUUCAAUUAUGUUCAUGAAAUUAAUGUUAACAUGCAACGGACAGAAAUAUACGGCGGUGUAUUCAACAAAAUGUUUUUGUUUACCGAUUAUAUUUGUAAAUAAUUUAUUUCCAUUGUUUGUAUAGAGAAUGCAGCUUUCUGAUUGGU